CUCUUUCUUUCUUUCACCUUUUCUCUCUGAACAACAAUACUCUUCGCGACAACAAAAACCAAGAACGAAGUGCACUAUUAUUACGUGUUUUCAAUCUCUCACCCAUUUCCUUCUUCAGAGUCUCUCUCUGUUUCCAACUUGGUAGCGCUGUGUGAAAAGUGAAAGAGGGAACAAGAAGUUGACGGUAGCAGAAUGGUGGUCUCCAGUACAAAUCCCCACAAUAAGGAGAUAGCUAUCAGGAGGAGGAUUGCUAGCAUAUUUAAUAAACGUGAAGAUGAUUUCCCAUCUUUGAGAGAAUACAAUGAUUACUUGGAGGAAGUAGAGGACAUGACAUUUAACUUGAUUGAAGGAAUAGAUGUUUCAGAUAUUGAAGCAAAAAUUGCCAAAUACCAGGAAGAAAAUGCAGAACAAAUAAUGAUUAAUCGAGCUCGGAAGGCUGAAGAAUUAGCUGCAGCUAUGGCAGCAAGUAAGGGACAACCUGCACAAACUGAUGAUGAUUCAGCCACAAACCAAAACUCCCAAGCAGGAUUUGGAGCUGUUCCUCAAGGACAAUAUGCACCUACAUUUGCAGGAGGACAGCCAAGGCCUACAGGCAUGGCCCCACAGCCUUUACCACUCGGAGGGGGCGACAUGCCGGGCUUUGCAGGUGAUGAUGAGGAAACCAAGAGGCUACGAACUGAGAGGGCUGGAGGAUGGAGUGGAGAUAUUAGUAGGAAAAGGGCACUUGAAGAAGCCUUUGGAAGCAUCUGGGUUUGCUGAGACAAUAAUAAUCAUGCAAGGCUGGACAUGCUUAUUUUAAAAUGGUGUUUAGAUACUUUCUAAAUCCUAAGGGCAUGCAAAUUCCAGUGUCACAGAAGCUAUUUUGGCAUGGAUAUUGCGAUGUAAAUGGUGUAGAAUGUAGAUUUGUUGAAUUUUGUUCUGUGAACCAUAUUGAAUUUUAUUGUAAGGGGCUUUGGCUUUUCUUUUUAAACUAUUCUCUUUCUCCCUUUUCUUUGAAGAUGUUAUUUGUUUAUAGAAAGACUUUAAUUUGAAAUGAAGAAUUUGGGAAAAACAAAAA